AUGACAAUGAAGAGCAGCGCCCUUACUGUUCUUGUUGUUAUGUAUGUCUGGUUGCUGUCGAGUGGCAGUUUCAGCUAUGGAGCUAAGAGUGAUAUUGAUUGCUUGAGAGCUAUGAAAGAUUCUUUGGAAGACCCAUUCAAUUACUUAAACACUUGGGAUUUCAAUAACAGCACCGAAGGUUUCAUCUGUAGAUUUACUGGGAUUGACUGCUGGCAGACUGAUGAGAACAGGGUGUUGACUAUCCGUCUUUCGGACAUGGGACUCAAGGGUGAGUUUCCACGUGGUAUUGCGAAUUGCACAGCCUUAACCGGCUUAGACAUGUCCAGCAACAAACUGUACGGACAUAUUCCAUCUAAGAUCUCUCAAAUACUCGAGUUUGUGACAUCUCUUGAUCUCUCCUCCAACAAUUUUUCAGGACAUAUCUCUUUGGAACUUGCAAAUUGUUCCUCUCUGAAUGUCCUUAAAUUGGACAACAACCAGUUAACCGGUCAUAUUCCUUCACAAAUUGGUCUACUUGCUCGAAUCAAAACGUUCAGUGUAGCAAACAAUCACCUGACUGGUCCAGUUCCAAAAUUUUCCAAUGCUACUAUUUCAGCAGAUAGUUAUGCAGGCAAUGCAGGACUCUGUGGGGGUCCUUUGCCUCCUUGCAAAGGUCAAUCAAAGCAAAGGUUUAUUGGAAUCGUUGCUGGAGCAGCUGUAGGUGGGGCGACUGUUUCAACAUUAGUUGUGGAGUGUCCAAAAGAGGAGGAAGAUGACGAUCCUGACCGAAACACCGGUGAUUCUGAUCAUCUUGAGGAACUUAUUGUUGUGUUGGUCGAGUAG